AUGGCAUCAAGCAGCUCGAACCCUGUAGCAGCUCUGACAAUUGCUGGUGGCAAUCGGCGGAUGAACAUUCGCCUGGGAGACAUUCCGCCUUCUAUGACCCCGUCGGCAACGACCAACAGGUAUUCCUUACUACAUCUGGAGAAGGACGUCGACGAUCCAACAGCAAGUACAGUCGGUACAUCUUUCGAUGGCGCUACUACAAAUACAUCCGCAGCACUUACACGUUUGUUUGUUGCCAGCGAUGGCACGAGCCCUGGCGCCACUUCCAGGGGACCCUCUCAUCUUCAUGCAGCCUCGGGAGCGAGCCGAAGUAAUGGCGACACAUCUACUUUGAGCGGGCAUUUGCUCCAUCAUGGAUUUGAACAAGGCAGACACUCAGAUAUCACAAUUAGAGCAUUUGGAAGGAGCUAUAGGCUGCACAAAUUGCUCCUUGACCGUGUGCCAUACUUUUCAUCCGCAUUCAGUGGGUCGUGGGCUGAAAGCCUGGCACAAGAGAUGGCUAUUGUGCCAGAGGAAAUAGAUGCCAAUAUUACACAGAAUGCGUUCGAAUUGGCCUUGAAAAGGAUUUACGGCACGCAAUUCCCAGAACAGGAAGAAGACGAGGCCAUUGGAUUGUUUGCCACAGCCUGUUGGCUUGAUAUGCCCGAGCUAGUGGACUCUUGUGUGGACUCAAUCUUACGUCAAAUGCAGCCAGGUACACUUCACAGCCUUAUCAAGCUUGUGACCUACAACUUUUACGGCAAAGCUGGAGAUCGCAUAUUAGCCUCAGCCAAAGCCAUGCUGUGCAGAGAUGGAUGGGAAAUGCCCUAUGAGUAUUGGGAUGAGAUUCCCUCCGAAAUCAUUCGCGAGACUGUGGGCGGCGACCCUUUCUUCGUGCCUGGCGAAUGGGACCGUUGGUACUUAGUGGUAAAGCUUUUGAACCGUCGGUUGAGAGCUAAAGCCGUUGAGAAUGGCCUCGUUUCUCCGGGAGGACGCUACCUUGUCCCAAAGCCUAAUAGUCUUCGGUUUUUUGCGGUGAGAUUCGAUACGACAUAUAGGCAUUCCGGACACAAUCGGUAUGUAUCAGAGAAGGAUGAAGCUUGGAUUACGCUUUAUACAUCACCUGAAAUUGGCCCUCUUCUGGUGUUACUGGAUGAAGGCAUUCACUACGUUCAUUUAAGGUUCGAACAGCUGCAACAGAUUCGAAGUCAGAGAGAUAUUUUGGGUGUCCCUGUUCUGCCGGAAAAGGUGAUUUCAGAUGCCCUCUGGAUGUCCAUGGAACUCAGACAAAGGGUGCUCAAUGCCAGGGACAGCGAUGUUGAACUUGGUCUGAGUGAAGCGGCCGAGGAGAUCGAAGAUGCCGACUAUCGAUCGGAACAAAAGGCCUCCUCUAACAAAGGCAAAGUGCGAGAGUCUUCAUUCGAGAAUCCGAGUGAAGGCUCGAAUGAGAUGGAAUCAGGGUCGUGGGAUGGCAAUGGCAAACCCAGGAAAUUUUGGAUACCUACGCAUGAUGUUUCAUGUAUAAUGGGUGGCACUAGAGAAGCAACUCUGGCUGCCAAUUCGACGAGCCUUGCUGAGUGGAGUACUCAUGCAGCCAGGCUAUCUGCAAGUCUUGAACCGACCGAUGUCGCUUGGGCCCUUGACUUCAAUAUCGGAAAUGUGGUGGAUAAUGGCAGGCCACCUUCACGGGGCUAUUCACCGACCUCAUCGCCACGCUACAGUUACUAUCCCCCCUUCCGCUUCUCAGCGGAGUUUCCGCAUCCCAGAACACUGAAGGAAAAGAAGCGAGUUUACUCUCACACGGUGUGGUAUGCGGGAAGUAUGUGGAACCUGUAUAUCCAGCGUGUCAAUACGACUAAAGCGCCCCAACUGGGGAUAUAUCUGCACCGGGCGAAAGACAAGGACCCAUGUGAUGACCCACUCGCCCAAUUUGUGCCAGCAUCGGUAGACGAUCGCAUUGGGCAGCUUGAGCGUGAGAUGCUAUUGCGAAAGAAUGAGCGUCGGAAUCGAGGCUGGCGGACUGACGAUAGUGGGCAGACAAUGAACGCGGAUCACGAUGACGAGACCAGUCAUGACUUUGCUGGUUUAGGUUACGUGGAAGGCGAGAGUGUAUCUUCCGAUCGUCGGGCUGGAGGCCCGGGCAGAUUGCAGAAGACGUCGCAAUCACCGGCAUUACCUCCGGGUGAGCAGUGGACAUCGUCUUCAUUGAUGCUUGACUCGGAUGAAGAAGAUGAGGAGUUGUUGCGAGUCAACAGGAAGUUCAACAUUUCGGCGAUCCCUCCAUAUAUGGACGGUCGGCCCACCAUCAAGACCUAUUUCAAGAUCUACUCACCCAGCAAAGCUGGCCGCCUACUCAGUAUCUAUGAGAGCGCACCAGACAAGUUUGACGUUAGCAAGAGUUGGGGUUGGAAGAGUAGCCAGAUGGUGCUGGAUGAUGGGCUGGGGGCAUGCGACACGAGCAAAACCACGAAAGACGGCAAGUUGAGGUAUAUGGUAGUGAUAGGCAAUAUUUGA